AUGGUCCUGGCUUUUCACUGCCGGGUCUUGAGCAUGAUGCUCUUGGUGCAAGCAGUUGAUGCACAUGCUGUAGACAGCUGUGCCGGCGGCGUGUCCCUGCUGCAGAACAGCCUCCACGUCCAGUCUCGUGCACGUGGCCUUCAGAGAGCAACCAAGCCGUGGGAGACGUACUUGUACUAUGUAGGGACUCAUCACAAAGCCGGGAGCCAGCUGACACGAAACACCAUGAAGUGGGCUCUCGACUUUCUGGGAGCCAACUAUUCCUGUCAGGAGCAUCAUUUUCAGCACGCCACUCUGACAACAGUGGGAGGCCAUAACAAAUGUGCCGUCUCUUCGGACUGUCGCAUUCACUGGGAUAAUGUCGCCACCCAAGAACGCGUUCAGUCGAAUCGCGAGCUGGCCGGUGCAGGUGGCAUGAAGUUCGCUCAUGCUCUGCGUGACCCCAAGACGAUGCUUGCCUCCUCCUACUGUUAUCAUCAUCGCGGAGAGGAGUAUGGCAAUCCCAUUGCUCCCUGGCCGGACAUCAUGUACAUGGGGCCGCUCGAGGGCUUGCAUGCUGUUUUCGACGGCAUGAUGAACAUCUUCCAGAACAUGGUGAAGAUUUACACUAACUCGGAAGCUGACACAUACCACUCCCGCUAUGAGGACAUGACGGAGUCCUCCGAAAGCUUCGACACCCACGUAAAGGCACUCUUUGACUUCAUGUUUGAAGAUCUCAUAACGCCUGAAGAGCAUGAAGCGAUCCGCAAGCGGGCGAAGAAGGAAGACCUCAAUCGGGGUGAGAAUGGUCUCUCCGCUGGCAAGAACCACACUAACAGCGAGGAGUGUGAGGCUAAUGCGCUUGCGGUGCUGGAGCAAAGCCCGGACAUUUACCAGCCCAUCCAGGAGCUGAUACUAACU